ACCUGUCUCACCGACAAACUUGCGACAUGCGUCUUGCUCUCGUCGCACUCUCCCUGGCCAUGGCGGGCCUCCUGGCCGCUGCCUUUGCAGCCCACACUCCCAAGCCCACCCUUGCUGCCAUUGGUACUCUCAUGGCUGGUGCUGCCAAGAAGGAUGUCUCGCUGCCGAUCGGGAUUCCGCUCGCUGGAUACAACCACGGCGACCGGCGGGUGCCCAAGUGGCCGCUGCCGCAAAAGCGCAAGUACACGACGUUCAUGAUGCCGUCUGUGGGCAUCAUCGACCCCACGUGGUGCAAGGUGCUCAUUCUAGACGACGGCAAGGGCACCCAGCUUGCCUUUGUCACCCUUGAUGGCAUCGGAUCUGACGAGACGCUCAAUGGGAUCGUGAUCGAGAAAAUCCGCGAGGCCGGCUCGACGCUUACCAUCGAGAACAUUGUCUUUGCCUCGUCGCACACUCACUCGGGGCCGGGCGCCAUCUCGCCGCGGAUGCUGUGGGCGCUUGCGCCGGCGACGGAUCUCCUUGUCUACGAGCUCCAGCAGGAGCUUGCCACCAACAUUGCAGCCACCAUCAUGGAGGCGCACGCCGCCAUGGAGCCGGCAGUCAUGGACAUCGGCAUCGAGAUGGUGUACAACCUGACGGUCAACCGUUGCGCCAAGGAUGUGCCGUGGCUCGCGCGGGACCACAUCGACCCGAACAUGGGCGUCAUCGCUGUGAACAAGGCCGACGGCUCGGUCAUGGCCACGGUCUGGAACUUCGCCUUCCACUCGGUCUGCUACGGGCCGUCCAACAUGAAGCUCUCGUCCGACCUGGCCGGCGCAGGCUGCCGCGCCAUCGAGGCCGCCGUCGGCGGCGUGGCUCUGUUCGUCAACGCCGACGCUGGCGACGUCGACCCGGCGCCGGGCAUGUGCAACGGCGGCUCCGAGUCCGAGUCCAACUUUGUGGGUGGGAAGCUCAUGGCCGAUCGCGUCGUUGCCCGCCGCGCCGCCCUCUCACCCACUGCGGACGUCACCAUCACCACCGCCUUUGUGCAGAACCCGCUUGGCAAGACCGAUAUGAACCUCACCCUCGCCCGCAUGGCCAACUGCACCCGCGGCGGCCCUCUUGACAUCUGCUCCUUCUGCGAGAUCCUCGACUGUGACGCGAACCUCCACCUCGACGAGGAGUGGCUCGACGAGAACCCGUGGUACGUUGCUGCCCGAUUCGACAUCGGCGACAAGCACAUCGGUGCCGUCACCAUCCCCGGUGAGCUCCUCACCACUCCCGGCGACGCUCUCCGCGCCGACAUGAAGGCCAUGGGCUACACUGACGCCAUGAUCUGGGGCUACUCGGAGGCCCACGGUGGCUACUUCCCUUCCUCCCGCACCUACGACCACAUCAACGGCCUCUACGAGAACCAGCUCGCCUUCUGGGGCCCCGACACCGCCGAUAAGGUUGUCUCUCCGGCCCGCACCCUCCUCGAGCAGAUCAAGCCAUCGUCGUGACGGCGAUGGGCGUUUUACCCCCCCCCC